GCAAAAAUACAGCGUGUCAGUCUCGCGUUGAACUUCACUCCCACCGCACAGGUCGCUACUAGUAAUGUUCAUGGAGAGAGCACGCCACUAUGGCCUCGACUCCCCUGCGGCUGUCGUCGCUUCAGUGGCCGCCAUAGCCAUAGUCCCCCUGAGCGCCAUACUUGGCUAUGUCCUCAUGGAGAUACCCUGCUACGCUGACUUUUGCAUUGAACAUGUUCAGCCGAUGGCCAAGACCCACUCUCAAGUCGCCCUGGGGGUCUUCUACGCGUGGAUGGCGACACUGAUCUUGAUCAUGGCUUGUGCCCGCAAGAAACCGUAUUUGCACGCCUUCCUCCGCCGUCCAAUAGCAGGCACCAGUGUCGGCGAAGUCCUCACCUUCACGUCCCUCGCCAUGCUCCUACUCUUCAACUUUGUCUACUUCUGGUUCAAAGUCGAGGACCUCCUGUCGUCGCCAGCCUACUUGAAACGUAAACUCGUGCCGGCGCGCCGCAAGGCUUUCUUCUCCGCCAUGUUUACCGGAAAGCUGACCGAUGUCGCCUUGGGUGUCACCAUGCUGUUCAGUGCAAAGAACACUGCAUUGCAGACCCUGCUGGGAGUAUCAUAUGAGAAGAGCAUACGUGUCCAUCGGUUCAUGGGAUACUUCCUCGUGCUCGCAGUGGCUAUGCAUACUAUUCUGUAUGUGGUUUAUACUGCACAGUAUCGCACGCGAGAGGAUCUCCUCUCUGUCUUGUUCUACGGGAGUCAGAAAUCGGCGACCCACGAUCAUCCUCUUGGGUGGGGCGAGGGAAACUGGAUGACAACAAUGGGCACCUAUUCCACCCUCAUCCUAGCUCCCGUCUUCUUCACCUCCCUCCCCCCCGUCCGCCGCGCCUUUUUCAACCUCUUCUACUACUCUCACUUCCUUGUCUUCCCCUCCAUGCUUUUUGCAUGGCUCCACGCGGCCUCCGACUUCUACUACAUGAUCCCCGGUCUAGGCCUCUACUUUGUCGACCUCUUCCUCCGUCUCGGCCGGUUCGUACGUCCCGUCGAUAUACGGCACGUCACGCGUGAGCCGACCGGUCACGUCCGCGUGGAUUUUGCGUGGCCCACAGAAGUCUUUGGUGCCUGCAAACCGGGCCAGUGGGUGUUUGUCAAUUGUCCCGCGGUGUCCAAGCUCGAAUGGCACCCGUACUCGAUGGCUCAGGCGCCCGGAUCGGAAACGGCGACUAUCAUGUUCAGACCAAAGGAAGGGAAAACAAAGGAAUUCGAGAACGCGUUGGCGGCUCGGCUCUUCGGCGCUUCGGAUGUAGAACACGGCGGAGCCAAAAUCGCGUCGCCGAACGUAACUUUUCGCAUUGAUGGGCCCUUCGGGACACCCCUCGAAGCGAUGGAAAGGUGCGCAGCUGUGCUGUGCUUUGUCGGCGGCACCGGUCUCGCACCGGGCAUGGGUGUCGCGCGCGGGGCGCUGAAAGCUGGCGUGCCCUCCGUCAAGCUGUUCUGGAGUUCACGAGAGGAAGGGUCUGAGCGUGUCUCGCUCGUGGAAGAGUUGAACCAGGAAGGCGCAGAUGUUCAUCUUUACCACACGGGCGCAACAACCAUCAACACCGAUAUGAUCCAAACUAACAUCGCAUCAGCGGAGACAGCUCAAGAUGCCAAAGCCGAUGUGGUGCACAGCACACCGCUGCCGCUGCCUCACCAAGGUCGGAUGGUGUUUUCAGAUCUCCUUGAAUCUCACGUUGCGCCUUCCGGACGAACCCUCGUGUUCCUAUGCGGUUCAGAUGUGUUUCGCCGCGACGCUCGGCGCGCGGCUCAUGCGUUGCGGACAGCAAAGGGAGGGGACAUUAUUGUAUGUGAGGAAGGGUACGAGCUGUAAGAAGUGCUUAUCCUGUUACAGACCAUGUCUAGGACGUCGCUAGACUCUAUACGUAGUUUGAUCACGGAUUCGGGCGUAGGAAGAGGACGGUAAUUAGCCUUUUCUUCUUGCCAUAUGAGCGCAUGCAGCGAGAGAAUUAGGAGAUGUAAAUAGGAUUCAUACUUCCGUUUGGGUUGUGAACAUGAUUUCCCUGAAACUCGAGGCAUCGCUCGCCCGAACUCCAUACACCAUGCCGGAUCAUUUGUGUCCCUCGGACCUGCGUGCAUGGCACGGAUCCCAACGCCGACGCCAACCACACCAUUUGGAGAAUCGAACGUUGCGUAGCAAAGGACA